AUGACAGAUGUCCAGCAGCAUCUCGAGGCUCCUCACCCAGAGCCUCAGCCGGAACAGCGUGUCCGAAAGAGACGUCGCCGGACAAUGGCCUGUACGCAAUGUCGCAGUAGGAAGCUCCGCUGCGAUCGCGAUUAUCCCAUCUGCGGCCGCUGUCAGAAAAGCAAAACGCCCAACAGCUGUACCUAUGAAGACGGCUUCCUUUGGCAGCAACCCAAUACGGUUGCUUCACCCGCGUUCCCCGACCGAGGUUCCACUGCCGCCAUGGCUCACUUGCCCCGACUCGAUCGGACGAACGCUGCCCCGGACUCGGGGAUAAGCUCUCAUCCCACUCGGGCGCUCCCAACAACGGCACCCAGAGGAGAAAAACGAGACAAAUUUCUGGAAACCGUCUUGGGAGCCCCUAGGGCGGCAGUGGACCAGGAGUCCUAUGUGAAUAGAGAGGUGCUACAGCGUCCCAGACAUACUUCCGAGCAUCCUCGGGACGCACUAUCACGCCCACGCCCUGUCAAAGAUGAUGAUAGUCCCCCGUCUCCCUCGCAGCAACUUGUUAUCAUGCCUCGGAUCAUCAUGAGAGGAAAGGAAACCAAAACACGUUACAAUGGAUCGGGGAUAUUCGCCAAUCUAAUUGCACAGGUAUUGCCCAGAAGUGCCUUCCCGGAUAUUAAGUCCUUUGCUGAAGACAUUCGACUAGCCAGUCCUCAGCUUUCAGCAUUGCGGCCGGAUCUAUCGAGAGUAAAUAGAGGACUGUGGAAGACGAAGCCGCUCAAUGAAUCCUUUCCGGUGCCUGACACUAUAUCACUAACUAAUAUGGUCCCGUCCCGUUGGGUAGUGGAUGAAUUGGUUGCUCUGUAUCUGACUUAUAUCGAGUCCACCCACCGGAUUCUUCAUGUUCCCUCCUUUCUUAAAGAACUCGAUGAGUUCUGGACGCAGAAAGACAACCCCGACUUAGUAAUGCCUCGCUUUGUUGUUCAACUGCUCUUAGUUCUCGCCUGUGCCUGGAACCUGACCGAUAUUGAUUCCCUUCAGGCGAAGAAUGAGGCCCCGCUGGCCUGUUACACAGCAAUUGAAUGGGUUCUUCACGCCGAGAAAUGGAUCGAGAACGCCCAUAUCAAGCGCCCGGAGAUCACAACACUCCGUCUUUAUAUCCUUUUGAUCAUUGCACACAACACCCAUGGAAUGAAACGUAGCAAGGCAUGGCUUGCCACGGGGACUCUGGCUAAGCAGGCCAUGAUGGCUGGGUACCAUCGAGACCCUAGUAUGUACACCAGGAUUUCCGUUUUCAACAAAGAGAUGCGCCGGCGAAUUUGGACGACCAUUGUAGAACUCGACCUCCAAGUGUCACUAGAGCGAGGGAUGCCACCCGCUAUCCAGGAAUCCGAUUACGACACGACGCCUGCUCUAAACAUAAAUGAUAACGAAAUUCAUGAGGCGAGUAUAGAGCUUCCUGCAGGAAGGCCACCCCACGAAAUGACGGAUUCAUCCUUCCAGUCUGUUUUGGCCCAGUCACUCCCAUUGCGGUUAAGAGCCUGUGAGUUGAUGCACUCUCCACGGAUCAGCUGCCGCUAUGACGAGAUUCUUCGCAUGGACUGGGAGUUGAAUCGAUAUCUCUCGAACAUUCCUUCCUGGUCCACCUCGAAUGUCGAAGACUCGCAGGCCCAGCACAAAAUUGUCUUGAUUAAGGCUAUGCUGGAAACCAAGAUUGGACAGAGUCUCUUAUCCAUCCAUACUCCCUUUGCCAUCGAGGCCCAACGAGAGUCGUUAUUCGCCCCGUCUGCUCGGACUCGGCUGGAGGUGGCCACCAUGAUUCUAACCACCCAGAGACAAUUAUACGAAAGAUCACAACAGCUAUCCCUCUGUAACUUGGUCUUCUCUCUAAAUAGCCGGGACUUGGACGAAGCUUACCGUUUAUUAUCUCUCUCUUGCGGCACCUCCCUCGUUAGCAAGCUCCCCGGAAUGCCGGAGUCUCUGAUUUCAUUGGUGGAGACAAUCUUGAUCUGCCUAGAGACGCGCCUCCUCCUCGUGGUCAAAGGCGCAAAAGAGUACUUUUUCAUGUCCACCAUCUUGGCUUUGGCCAAAGUGACUCUCUGGCCGGAGCAGGCGAACGUGUAUAAGCAGGAAGUUGUCGAACGUGUAAUCUUCUUUGCCCAAACUCUCUUCUCGCGGCAUGCAAAUUGCGCUCACCUGGGGGACUACGCUUUCACAGAUAGGAAUGCCGAAGACCCGGAAGGUGUGGAGACGAUUGGACCCUAUAUUAUGGAUACGGCGCGACAAACCAAAGAGGCUAGGCUAGGAAACGUUGCCCAUUCUAUGAUGAGCAACAUCAACGAGGAGAGGAAGGGCUUGUCAAAGGGCAUGAAGAGGAUGGCCGAGAGCGAGUAUAAGAAGUAUCAGCCUACUUACGACUGA